GGGGACGCAGGUUUUCGAAGACACUACGACAAGACAAGAUGAGCUCAUGUGCCUUGUUCAUCAGUAUUCAAGUUCACCGCGGCUCAGAAUCUUGACUUUCAUCCGAGUUCUGUGUGCAAUAGGUGGUGCACCGCGGCAUGCACAGAAAAGGUCAGGCUAAAGUCGUUCCCGUCCAGACGAUCAAACCGUCCGAGUCAAACGAAACGGCCACCCCAGAGGCAACUGAACAACCGUCGACGGCUUCGGUGCAACGUCAAACCUAGAGGCAAGAAGACCUUGGACUUCGCGCUGGCCCAAUCAAAACACAGUCUACUAGACAGUCUUGGCACUCUGCGUGGCACCGGUUCGGUUGUCCGCUGCGAGAUCCAAGCAGCACGAACCCGAGGAUGCUGUGUUGCGGUGCGUCAAAUCCCCUGGUCUAGGCCGACGUCGCGAGCACUGUGAUUAAUUCAACGACCUGAUCAGACGGAAACAAUCAGUGUAAGCUUGACCACCGCCGCACAACGUGCUGUGCCUGGGCCGUGUCUUCACUACUAUCUGCCAUCCGAAAUCACGCUUCGGUGCCCGGGAUGAUGAAACAGGUACGCCUAAGUCGCCAGGCUGUCCCAUUGACCCUCAAGACUACGGAUAUGUAGGUAGUGAUUCCUGGUCGUGAGGCGAACCGACAAGGGGCAACACUUGAGAUGAGCGGCAGUAGGAGAACCAAGCCAUGAAAGUUCGCGGACUAUUCUAUUUCAGCCUCAAAGUUGGUCAGGCGGCAGCCAUUAUUCACUUAAACUCGACUACAGACCUCACUACCGCCACAGAGAAAUAGCGUUUCUCGUCGCAUGUUUCUGUUAGCGUGCGCCGAACGCGAAUUCAAUGAGACUCUGUGUUCAUCGCACGAUAAAGGACAUGUCGAACCAGCACCUCCCUGCAAACUGCGAUUGCCAGAGUUGCCAAUUAUUCGGCAUCUUACAAAAUACCAUAACGCUCAGAAAGGGACAAAAAUCCAGGGGCAUGGCGAGACUGCUGAAGAACGUCGGUAAAGAUGGCAUCUCGGACUAGCAGCCUGUCGAGCGCGCUAUCGCCAAUCCUAUCCCUUUAAUAGCUGUCGAUCUACGCCAUGCCAUUCCGAGAACGACUGAGAAACGCCACAUUUCUGGCUCGUUCAGCCAGGCGCGAAGCUUUCCAUUCCACUCCUUUCGCCCUCGAUAGCUGGCUGGGCGUCUUUCCUUUGAGAGAGUCGCCUCUUCCGCCUCCUCAUCAGCGAGAUGGUUUCCUCAACUUUUCUCAUCACGGCAGCAGCUCCAACUGCAUCGAUUAGCCCAUCAUGCUCGGCUCGACAUCUUUAUCCCAGCUCAUGAAGCUCGUGGGGCCGAUGCUCCUCAUUCUCUGGUCAGUAUGGUACUUGGGAAUAUCACGGCAGCAUGUACAGACAAUCACCCGCAAGUUCCGCAAUCAAAGGGAGCUAUUCAUCAAAGAUUUCCUCGAGCACGAAGUUGACGGACGCUUUGACGGCGCGGCUAUCCAAGGCCUGUGUGCCAGCAAGAAAUGGACAAAGGGAUUGAUGAUGGGCUGCGAUGCAGCACCAGGAGGGAUUGGUGAAGUGCGGAAUGCCCACUUGCACUGCAUUCGCUUUGCGAUCGAGGCAGGAGCGGAGUUGAUCCUACCCGAGAUCAUACCUCGUUCAGAAGACGACAUCAAGAACAUCAAUGGACGGCCCGCUGUGCCUCUCGACUACUACUUCGACUCAGCCCACCUCAACCACGUUCUCCAGACAUACUGUCCUCAGAUGAGAGUACACGGGUCGAUAAACGACCUGUACGACGUGCCGGAAGUUUUCGAGGCCCUCCAGUUUAGCAUCGCGGAUACGAACAGCAACUGGGUCAACGGCACCGUCCUAGCCGAGCCCUCAGACUGGAACAAGCAAUUCCACGACUUCAUCAACGAGAAGUCACCUCCUGCGGAAAGGGUAUACCCCUUCCGCACCCACCUCAAACAUACCCUGUGGACGUGGCCGACGGCCCGUGAUAAAGCGCCCGUGGCCUCUUCCUUCGGACGCAUGCUUCGCAUCCGCCCGGAUGCCCGGCGCCUCGCGGCCUCGGCGCUCUUCAGCCUCGAGUCCCGCUUCCAGCUUAACCUCGACCCGCGGACGCGGUACCACCCGUCGAGCUUCGUGGGCGUCCAUUUACGCACCGAAGAGGACGUCAAUGAGCGGUUCCCAGACUACACGACACAGGCGGCCAACUACCUGCACUACCUCUCCGAGUCGGAGUCGAGCGUCGCGUUCCUCGCCUCGGGCGCCACCGAGACCAACAUCACGGCGUUUGUCAACCGUGCCGAGGACUUCAACGUCACGGUCGUCACCAAGACGGACAUUUUGGACGACGAGGAGCUGGAGGCGCUGGAGGCGCUGACGUGGGACCAGCGUGGACUGGUCGACUACGAGAUUAUGCUGCGCGCCGGCAUGGUGGCGGGCGUCAGCGCGAGCAGCUUCGCGUGGAACCUUGCGCUACGGCGGUCGUAUGCCUUUGGGCAGGGUCCCAUUGGCGUGCCGCUUGAGCCUGGCGAGACGAUUUCGUGGAAGGACGAGUAUACCACGCUGUACGGACGUCACGAGAACGCGUACGCUAUGAGAGCGACGGUAUGGCCGUGAGGUCCUCACGGAUAAGGGAGGGGAAAAGCAUUAAUGACAAGUGUGUUUUGGCGGGACGUGAAGGGGACCAAUGGAAACGAGGAUGUUGACAAACAAUAAGGCGGCAGUUCGCGAAUAUCUAAACAAAGAUGGCUGGAUGCUUAUGGGUAGUGGUGGUCUACGGGCGUUUCUGUCAUGUAUCCCCAUCUACAAUGCAAGGGAUAUCAUAUCAGUCUCAUGUCAGAUGUCGUCUUGGGAUGCGUGUGCACAGGCCUACAAGCCCGCCAUACUGUGAUGUUCUUCGUCUCGAAUCACGCCGUUGGUUCCUUCUCGCAGCCCGAUAUCAUAUAAUUCUUAGAGCUCCUCAUGAAUAUUCGG